AUGGUCAAAAACUGCAUUUCUAUGGUAACGGUGACGCAACAGAAGUCGAUGACUGAUGGAAACUCCAAAUCCAGUAAACUCACUGAUGCAAUUGUUUACAUGGUAGCGAAGGACAACCUCCCUUUUCGAUCAGUUGAAGGCGUCGGUUUCCGGAAGGUGAUGCACGUUGCCGCACCGCAUUACAAGGUGCCAGAUCGGAAGAAAAUUGCUAAGUUAAUAGAAGCAAAGUAUGAAACAUUAAGGACUAAAAUUCAAAAGGUAAUAGAUACCCUGAAAAUAAUUUCUCUGACGACAGAUAUCUGGCAAGAGGAAUAUACCUCCAAAAGCUACAUUUCACUGACUGGGCAUUACAUUGACACAAACUCAGGAGAAAUGAUAUCAGUCGUCCUUGGCGCAGAGCCUCUGGAUAGCAAUCAUACAGCUGCUUACAUUGUCGAAGUGCUAGAUAAGAUCUUAUCAGAAUGGUCGAUUCCUAGAUCCAAAAUUGGUGGGUGCGCAGCUGACAAUGGGGCCAAUAUUGCCUGUGCUGUAAAGGAUAUGUUCGGCGAAAGAAGAUAUAUACCCUGCUUUUCCCAUACUUUAAAUCUCGCGGUUUGCGACUCAUUAGAAGGAAUUGUAGAAAUCCAGAUUCUUGUGAAACGAGUAAAAUCUGCAGUGACGUUCUGUAAAAAAAAUGUUAAUGCAGCAGAUAUGGUGAGAAAAUCGCAAGUAGAAAAAGGAGUGCCUGAGGUUGAUGCUCUGAAAGUUAUCCAGAGUGUUGAUACCCGAUGGAACUCCCUUUUAGAUAUGCUUGAGCGGUUUUUGUUGCUGUCAGAGCAUAUUAAUGCAGUCUUUAUACGGUUUGACAGAGUGACAGAAGUUUUUGGGUCAUCAGACCUUGCUCUUCUGCGGGAAGUAGUCAAACUAUUACAACCCUGUAAAGAGGCAACCGUAGACCUGGGUGGACAAAAAUAUGCAACGACUAGCAGUGUUAUACCAACAGUCACCUGCAUAACUCAAAUGCUGCAAUCUCAAAAAGUAACGCUUGAACCAGCUAUUGCCCUCCAACAGAAACUGUUAAGUGAAAUACAGUCAAGAUUCUACGCAACAGAGAAACAUCGGCCACAUGCCAUCAGCACUAUCCUAGAUCCCCGAUUCAAGCAGGUAUAUUUCCAACAGGCAGGUGCAGCAGCAAGUGCUUUAUCUGCGAUCAAAUCUUUACUAGGGAAAUAAAAUGAAAAAUCCCAACAGCAAUCCAAAAGCCAACAACCUGAACCUGAAAAUCCUGAGAAAAGUGAUAGUAUCUGGGAUUUUCAUGAAAAAAUUCGAAAA